GAUCACGUGACUCGCGGCGGCCAAGAUGGCGGCGGCCAGCGGGAGGCGUGAGCGGCUCUGAGUGCGCGGGGCUCCGUCUCUGAGCGGGGAACGGGCGGGCCCGGGGCCCCUCCCCGCCAUGUCGCGUCUCAUCGUGAAGAACCUGCCGAGCGGGAUGAAGGAAGAUCGCUUCCGGAAGCUGUUUGCAGCCUUUGGCACGCUGACUGAUUGCAGCCUGAAAUUCACCAAGGAUGGCAAGUUCCGCAAGUUUGGAUUUAUUGGCUUUAAGUCUGAAGAUGAAGCCAAAAUGGCAAUGAAUCAUUUCAACAAAAGUUUCAUAGACAUGGCCAGAAUCACGGUAGAGUUAUGUAAAUCAUUCGGUGACCCAUCAAAACCCAGAGCUUGGAGCAAACACUCCCGGCAGCCUUCUGCACCAGAGAAACCCACCGAUAAGCCCAAAACAAGUCCAGCUGCCACAGAGACAAAGAAAGAUAAAAAGAAGAAAAAUACAACAGAAAACUUAAAAGAGCUGGAAGGAGAUGAGGCAUUCAGAGAAUUUUUGGUGGUUCAUCAAAAACGGACUCAAGUGGCCACUUGGGCUAAUGACAUGUUGGCGGAGGAGCCCAAGACUGGGAAAUCAAAGCCAGCAGAUGAUUAUCUGAACUUUGACUCGGAUGAGUCAGAGGAGCUCAGCGAAGAGGAGGAGGGCAGGGGCAAGCCCCAUGAGGAGCAAGAAACCACAGGCACCAAAAUAAAGAAGAGCCCCAGAUCAAAGGCAGCUGCCAGGACAGACCUCUCCGAUAUGGAUUACCUGAAAUCUAAAGUGAAAGAUUCCUCGUCUUCCUCAUCCGAGGAGGACCAGUUGGACAGUGAGCAGCAUGAGGGGGGAAGCGAGGAUGAGAAGGAGCCCAGCAGCUUGGAAACUAUCGGUGCCCAGGGGGAAAAAGGGAUAGAGCUGGCAGGACAGAUCAAAGGGCAGGGGACAGUGGUGGAGAGGAAGAAGAAGAAAGGAGCAAAAUUGGAGCUGAAGAAUCAGGCCAACCCCAAUGUAGCCACCACGCCGUAUACGGUGAAGCUGCGCGGUGCCCCUUUCAAUGUCACUGAGCAAAACGUUAGAGAAUUCCUCCUGCCCCUGAAGCCGGUUGCGAUCAGGAUAGCAAGAAACGUACAUGGGAAUAAGACAGGUUACGUCUUUGUUGAUUUCAACAGCGAGGAAGAAGUACAGAAAGCCUUGAAACAAAACAAGGAAUACAUGGGUGGGCGCUACAUUGAGGUGUUCCGAGAGGAGAGUGGGUUGAAGAUGAAGCUCACCCGGAAGAGCGAAGACCAGCCCUGGCAAAGGAGGAAGAAGGCUGAUGAGGAAGAGGAGGACCUCUCGGAGUCAGGAAGGCUCUUUGUCAGGAAUCUCCCUUACACCAGCACCGAGGAGGACUUGGAGCAAAUAUUUUCAAAAUAUGGUCCCCUGUCAGAGAUACAUUUCCCCAUAGACAGUCUGACCAAAAAACCCAAGGGCUUUGCCUUCAUCACCUACAUGAUCCCGGAGCAUGCAGUGAAGGCCUUUGCAGAGGUGGACGGGCAGGUGUUUCAGGGCAGGAUGCUGCAUGUGUUACCCUCCACCAUAAAGAAGGAAGAAGGGGAGAACCUAAAUGCUGAAGGAUCCUCUUCCUACAAGAAGCAGAAAGAGUCCAAGGACAAAGCAAACAGUGCCAGCUCUCACAACUGGAACACGCUGUUCAUGGGCACGAAUGCUGUGGCAGAUGCAAUCGCACAGAAGUACAAUGCCACCAAGAGCCAAGUGCUUGAUGAUGAAGGCAAAGGCAGCGUGGCCGUGAGGGUAGCUCUGGGCGAAACCCAGCUAGUCCAGGACGUCCGCCAGUUCCUGAUCGACAAUGGAAUCAGCCUGGAUUCCUUCAGUCAGGCUGCUGGAGAACGGAGUAAAACUGUGAUCCUAGUGAAGAACCUCCCUGUCGGCACUAAAGUGGUGGAGCUGGAGGAGGUCUUUGGCCCAUAUGGCAGCCUCGGGCGAGUGCUGCUCCCGGAAGGCGGGAUCACAGCCAUUGUGGAAUUCUUGGAGCCCACGGAGGCCAAGCGAGCCUUCACCAAGCUGGCCUACUCCAAGUUUCAGCACGUCCCUCUGUAUCUUGAGUGGGCUCCCAUGGGUGUCUUUUCCUGCCCACCCCCUGAGAAGAAACAGCCUGAGAUUUCAGGAGAGGAAGGAGAAGCCAGGCUGGGAACUGCUGGUGAUGAAACUGAGGAAGCUAAAAAGGGCUCAGAAGAUACAGCAGUAGAUGAGGAGGAGGAGGACGAGGAGAGUGUUCCAGGAUGUACACUGUUCAUCAAAAACCUCAACUUUGCCACCACAGAAGAUACACUGAAGGAGACGUUUUCCAAAGUGGGAGCUUUGAAGAGCUGCACGAUCUCAAGGAAGAUGGAUAAAGCAGGCACUUUACUUCCUAUGGGCUUUGGAUUUGUGGAGUACAAGAAACCAGAGCAUGCUCAGAAAGCCCUCAAACAGCUCCAGGGUUGCUUAGUAGAUGGCCAUCGGCUGGACGUGAAGAUCUCCGAAAGGGCCAUCAAGCCCACUGUGACACAAUCCCGAAAAAAACAAACGCUCAAGAAGCAAAAGAGCUCCAAGAUUUUGGUCCGAAAUAUCCCAUUCCAGGCAACCGUGAGGGAAAUCAGAGAGCUGUUCAGCACCUUUGGAGAGCUGAAGACCGUCCGCCUGCCAAAGAAAGUGGCUGGGACAGGAUCUCACCGUGGCUUUGGAUUUGUGGAUUUCCUCACCAAACAGGAUGCCAAGAAAGCCUUCAACGCUCUGUGCCACAGCACGCACUUGUACGGCAGGAGGCUGGUCUUGGAGUGGGCUGAUACGGAGGAAACAGUGGAGACCCUGAGGCGGAAAACAGCUGAGCAUUUUCACGAUUCCCCAAAGAAGAAGAAGCGUGCUGUGGCUUUGGACGAAAUCCUGGAGCAGCUGGAGAAGGAUGGUGAUAACGAUGCAGGCGACUAGCUGACUCAUCGGCUGCUGUUCAGAGUCUGAGGGUCAUCUGCUGAUGGACACAGAGAGAGCAAGUGGCAUCCAUCCACCUCUGUAUUCUGCAACCGAGAAGAUGAAGCACAUUUGUUGCCAUCUGAACCUGCUAUGCCAGACCUUUAAACCAGAGGACCAAUUCUUGCUUCAGACACAGAUCUGGUAGCCAGGCUCUUUAAACCCAAAAGGUUGCCAGGCUCUUUAAACCUCAAUCCCCAGAUGGAAGGCGAGCCUUUUUCAUCUGCGAGCAACACAUGCCAAGUAGUGUGCGCCUGUGGAAGGCCCCGUUAAACCAGAGAAGGAUUUCAGGCUAGAACAUUAACUCCUUCACCUCAGCAAGAUGCACUCCCACCAGCAUUGCAAUCUGGGGAGCUGGCCCUUCAGACAGAGAACGCAACCCCCCAAAGGAACGUCAGUCAUUCGCUUUUGUAACCGAUUGUUCCUACUGCUUGAAUCGUUUAAAAAACAUCCGUGUACAUUUAAAAAAAAAAUUCAAGACUGUUACUAAAAGCAGG